ACGUGGGUUUUGCUCCUUCGCUGUGCUGAUGGCAGUGAAUGCGGUCCCCUCCGCCGCUGGCUCGUAGUUUCUGCCUUGACGUGCUUUCCUGAUCAAAGGCUGCAUGUGCCCACCAGCGCCAGGCACGAUCGGGAGACUAUAAAAGCGCUGGCCGGGCUCUUUCAGUUGUUCGUGCUAUGCUGACGGGACUGUCACCUCUUAAAACGCUUCGGAGCCUUGGGAUGAUCUGAGGUAAAGGCACGGUCAGGAGAUCUCACCGUUUGAAGGCCCUCCUCGGCUACCCACCCAUGUAAGCUUCACCACGUCUCCAGCUAGCCCAAAUGAACUGAUGACCCUGAGGGGCACAGCAAAGUCCUUGUGACGACGGCGCACACUGGGCAUCGAUCUGAAGACACGGGAGGACCAGGAAGUCACACAGGGCCACGUAAAACGUUCGAGCAUCUGGCAGGCAUUUAAAUCAUGGCGGGCAUCGACAUGUCUGGGAAAGAACUGAAGGAUCUGGAAGAGGAUGACCUGUGGGAGAUGAUCGACAGCCACCGGCACAAGAUAGUCAUGGAGGUGCAGGCGUGCUUACUGAUUCCUUACCUGCGACAAGCCAAAGUCCUCAUCGACAUCGACGAAGAAGAGAUCUUAUACAGCCUGCAGCUCCAACACCGCUGCAUGAGAAACAGUCACAUGCUCGAUCUGCUAAAGACCCGGGGGAAAAACGGAGCCAUAGCAUUCCUAGAGAGUGUGAUGAUCCACUACCCCAGGCUGUACAGUCAGGUGACCGGCAAGGAGCCCAUCAUCGAGGCGGGAAGCUUCAGCGGUCUCAUUAAGAUCUCCGAGUUGACCGAGUACCUGGUCAAAGCCAUCAGCGGGAUGCAGUCGGUGUUGAAUCGGGAGAGGCACACGUCGUCAGAGCUGAGGAGGCGCUGCUUAGAGCUGAAGGCCCAGCUGUCCAAGGCCAGGGAGGCGCAGGACCUCGAGGCCGAGCUGAGCAACCUGCGCCGGGACUUCAACAACUGCUACCAGGAGAUCCAGCGGCUCAAGGAUGAGAAGUGCACGCUCUUCAUGCGCUACACCCGCAGCAUCGAGGAAAAUUCCAUCAUGGCUUCGAGGUGUCGAGACCUGCAGCUGGAGGUACAACAGCUCAAGUACGAACUGAAGACGGCAAAGACGGAGACGGAGUUUGAGCGGCAGAAGUCGCUGAAACUGCAGAAGAAGGAUGAGCUGCAGGAGCAGAAGGAGGAAGUUGAGAGGCUCAGAUGCAGGCUGAAGGAGCUCGAGGAGUCUGCACUGGCCAUUAAAGAGAACCCGGAUCAAAGCCUGGGGAAGAGCGUGGAGACGAGGCAGGAACUGAUGGUGCAGCUCCACUCCCUUCAGGAGUUCGUAGAGGAGGCCAAGACGGAGCACGAGCAGUAUUCUGAAGAAAAGGAAGCUGUGAUUCUGGAGUGUCAGAAGCUGCGUCUGGACUGUGAGAUGUACCAAGAGAAGCUGGCCUCAUUUCAGAUGCAGCUGCUGGACCUGCAGAAGGAGCGAGACCAGGCAUAUCUCGCGCGGGACGAGGCGCAGUGCCACAUUUCCCAGGGUCUGCUGGAGAAGGACUCGCUGCGGCUACAGCUGAUGGAGUUGCAGGAGCAAAACUUUCGGUUGCGCAAACAGCUGGAGCAGCUGAACCAGAGGCAGGAGUCUUCAGAGAGCAAUGACAAUCCAGCUAAAGGUGCAGAGUACAGGCGACCACCACUCAGGAGAAUGCCGGCGGUCUGUCCCUCCUCUCCACAGAGCAGCAUUGGCAGUUUUGAGAGUUUCACGUCACUAAACGAGCAGGACACGUACUCAUUCAGCAGCUACCAGUCGUACCUGACGCGACCGCCAAGACAGGCUGAUCAGGAGGAUGAAGAUCCUGUACUCUCGAGCUCUGCAACAGACUCCGGCAGUGAAUUUGAAAUGGUGCCUGAAGUCAAAUCUCCAGUGAAGCCUCAACCUCCAUACUCCAGAGACAACAGCAAUCCAGGAAUAGGGGUAUUUCUAUUCUCAAGGAAGCCAGCGACGCGGGUCCCCAGCCACGUAACCAUCAUCGCCUUCUCGGCCGACAAGCUACUGAGGCAGAUUGAAAUAGUUGGAGGCAACGAGUCCGGUAUCUUUGUGCAUUCGGUCACUCAGGGGUCCCACGCCGAUCAAGUGGGACUGAAACCGGGCUCCCAGAUCCUUGCCGUUGAAUAUGAACUCCAGAAGAAAACGAUGAAGGCCGUCCUGCAGGAAGCCACCCUGGAAGAGGCCAGAUGGGUACUGAAGCAGGUCCAGGGCUUCUGCUGGCUCUCCAUUCGGCCCAACAUGAAAGUUUAUCAAAGUUUCCUCAGCAAGUUGGAAACGAAAGCGGUGACGUCAGGGGACUCGUUCUACAUCCGCGUCAACAUGGAAAUGGAGAUGGGAGUGGGGAUGCGAGUCAAGUGCAAUGACAUCCUGCACAUCACCGACACUGUGUUCCGGGGUGAGGGCCACUGGAAGGCCAGCCAUGUCAACCCCUGCAACAUGAGGGACCUCGACAGCGGAGCCAUCCCUAACUACUACAGAGCUCAGAUGCUGCUAAUAAAAGCGAUUGAAGACAUGGCCCUCCAGCUUUCACCUUCUAAGAAGCAGCUGGAUAAAAAACUGAAGAGGAAGGUCGUCAGGAUAGUGAGCACGGGGAGAACGCAAAGGAUCCCACUUUGGUUAUCCAACAGCCUUGAGGAAAACAGUGAAGAAAGCAAUCCAAGUCAGGAUGGCCAGUGGCCUUUACAGGGCUACUGUGUUACACUGAUGCCAUAUACCUUGGUAACUGCCCACCGCCCACCAGCUCUACGCCCGGUCCUCAUCUUGCCAAACAUUAUUUUCCAGAUCAUCUAUGCCAAGCUGGAGAGGAACCCCAUGUUCACGUUGUGCAAGCCUGAAAACCUGUCUGGAACAGACUAUGCAGAGAGGCAAAAGGCAAAAGACAUACUGGCUGUUAAGGGAAUACACGGCUACUACAGCUGCUAUACAAAACAAGCCGUGGAAUCUGCCAUCGCGAAGAAAAUGCACUCUCUACUUGAUCUUGAGCUUGACAGUGUGAGUCAUCUUCACAAAGCUGAAAUCUUUCCUAUUGUUGUUUUUGUUGGAACCUCGGAGAAGAAUGCAAAACGACUUAAGAGCAAACUGCAAAAGCAUGGAUACUCAGAGGACCAGCUGCUAGAAAGCUCAAGAACGACGGAAACACUUCUAGACAAACUGUCCUGCCUUUCCUCCAUUGUGACUCCGGAGAGCUGGAGCACCACAGAAUCUUUGGCAAACUGCAUUGAAACUGCCGUGUCUGAGGAGCAAAAGAAAAUCGUGUGGAUUGAACAAGAUAUUCACUGAUAUUUAAACAAGAUUAUUUUACAUUAGAUAGGCAUGAGGAUUCAUUCAAAUUUUAAUUUUUUUGCAUUAUUUACUGCUUAAUUAUUAACUUGACUUAAAGAGAUCUUACAAUGCACUGUCAGUAGGUUCAAAUAUUUUGUUUUUCCUUUCUUUCUAAUGUUUCAAACAAAAUGUCUUUUUAAACUCUGACCAUGGGAGGCAGUGACUAGAGGACCCACACCCUUUCCGAAAUGAUCAUUUUAGCCGCCGCUUAUUACAACACUGCCUCAAGAUGAUCAUUUGUAAAUAUGAGGUUUAAUCUCUCAAAUUGGGCAUUCCAUGUAAUCAGACUACCACCAGCAAAGACAGAAAUCAAACUAUUAUUUUUUUUUUUUUAUAAAAUGAUUAAUUCCUGUGUUUAAUAUACAUGUGCACUAUUUGCUAAUAUAAGAGUAUUAAAUAUAUUUAUUAACAUUUAAAUUACAGUCAUGUAAUAUUACCAUUAAUAGUAAGGUCUUUUUGGACCACAUGCUGUACGUGGCUAUUUAGCUAUGUGUGUAUAUUUAAGGAAAUUCUUCUAUAGUCUACAGUAAUAUAUUUUGAAUAUUCUAUAAUGUAGCAUGAAAGACUACAUGGAAUCGUUCAGUCACAGACUAACUUGUACAUUGUAAAAUGAAAUGUUCAUUUAUAACUUUAACCCAUACAGUUGUAAAAGUUAACAACUCUGCAAAAAUGUACUUAAUAAAAUACAUCAACAAUU